AUGGACGAUCCCGCGCUGCGCGCGCCCGUGCUUGAGCGCAGCAACGUGGGCAUGGGCAUGCUGGUGCUGAACCGCCCGAAGGGGCUGGACCUGCCCACGAUCAAUCAGCUGUACACCCGGCUGCGCAACCUGGAGGUCAACAGCCUGAAGCGGUUCGUCGGGCUCGCGGCGGCGGAGCCCGGACCGUUUUGUGUCGGGCUGGACCCCGCCGAGCUGCUGCUGGCCUCCACUUCGGCCAUGCGACGCGGCCGCCUGCCGCGCUUCUCGCGCGCGCUGCUGUGGCACUCGCAGGAGCUGGCCCACCUCGUGGCGGACUUCCGGAAGCCGCUCGUCUGCCACAUCAGCGGGCUGGCGUCGGACGGCGGCGCGGCGCUGGGCUGCCUGGCCAGCCACAGCGGCGCCCACGCCGACGCGGAGGUGUCCGUGGACGCGUGCUUCGCGGGGCUGGUGCCCAGCGGCGGCAUGACCCACGUCCUGGCGCGGCUGCUCUGGUCCCUGGGCGAGUUCCUGGCCCUGACCGGCUGGCCGGUCCGCGGCGCGGACCUGGUGUACGGUGGUCUCGUCAGGCACUGGCAGUCGCCCGAGGCGCUGCCUUUCCUCGAGCUUACCGCCGAGAAGCAGCUGGAAGUUUCCGAGGCCGACGCGCGCGCGUUGCUGGACGAGCACUCGCUGCCCCUGCCGGAGGGCAUAUCCGAGGCCGACGCGAUGGCGCUGCAAGACGAGCACUCGCUGCCUCUGCCAGAGGGUAUGGACAGUGUCCAGCAGGCCUUGGCGUACCGCGCCUUCUCCCUCCGGCCGCCCUGGGACCAGAGCCCCCUUCUGCGGGAGACGCUGCUGUGCAGCGGCGUCCUUCCUCUGGUGCACCGCGCCUUCUCCAAGGGGGGCGUGAACGAAAUCCUGCAGGAGCUGAAGAAGAUGAGGUCGGACUCGAGCGCGCUCGCGAGGGACUUUGCCAAGGAGUGCCUGGACCGCAUGUCUCGCGCCUCCCCGCUCGCGCUGCACGCGACGCUGCACCUCAUCCGCACGGCGCGGCAGAAGCUGCAGCAGGAGGUCGUCGCGCCGGGCGCCGCCGUGCUGGGGGCGCGCGGCGUCGAGGGCUCCCUGACCGCGGCGCUGAGGCUGGAGCUGCGCGCGCAGCAGCGCCUGCUCAACACGGAGGACGCCGCGAGGGGCCUCCACGCGCGGUGCCUCGGCCGCGAGGUGCGGGCGGGCGAGUGGUCCCGGCCGAGCAUCGACAGUGUGAUCCGGGAGGACGUCGAGCACAUCGUCGACCGCGAGCCCGUGGCGUCCGAGGGCGAGACCGCCGACUUCGCCGUCAUGCCGAGGGCGGAAUUCUCCCUGUCGACGCACCCCCGGCUUCGGAGGUACCACCCGGACUACAACGAGGAGACGGGGCUGGACCACGACCCCCAGUGGAUGGCCGCCGAGCAGCGCCGCUGGUCGCCGGACCUGUUCGCCGAGGAGCGCCUGGCGGCCAUGCGGGAGCUGCUGGGCAGGGAGGACCCUGCCCGGUGCGGCCUCUCGCGCUGGACGCGCGUGGAGGGCCCGGCGCCGUGA